AUCGUCCCCAUAGAGCAGCCUUCAUCCCGAUUCCUUGACCCACGCAGCGAGAGAAAGAAGGAUUGAAAGAUUCUGGGAGCAAUCAUGGCCGGCCACUCCGAUGAUUUAGACGAACUCCUCGAUAGCGCUUUGGAUGAUUUCCACAAUCUCAACCUCGCCUCUUCUGCUCAAAGAGAUGGGACAGAGCAGAAACAAGGGACGGGUUCUAUGCCACCUGGGGUUCAAGGAUUGGGGAUGGGUUUGCCUGAUUUGAAGAGCAAGAAAAAGGGGAAACAGAAGGUUUCAAAGGAAUCGCAUGUUGCGGAGGCGCUUGAUAAGCUCAGGGAGCAGACUAGGGAGGCUGUGAAGGAGUUGGAGUCGGUCACGGGUGCGCAACCUAGUGGAGAUGAGUUGGGUAAGGAUGCGAUGAUGGAGGAUUGGGUUAAGCAGUUUGAGGAGCUUGCUGGCUCUCAGGACAUGGAGUCAAUUGUGGAAACCAUGAUGCAGCAGCUUUUGUCUAAGGAGAUUCUUCAUGAACCAAUGAAAGAAAUUGGAGAAAGAUAUCCAAAGUGGUUGAAAGAGCAUGAAGCUGGGUUGAGCAAAGAAGAAUUUGAGCGUUAUUCCCACCAAUAUGGGCUUAUAAAAAAUCUAAAUGAAGUUUAUGAAAAUGAUCCAAGUAACUUCACUAAGAUUGUCGAGCUCAUGCAACAAAUGCAAGAGUGUGGCCAACCGCCUAAUGAUAUAGUGCAAGAGCUUGCUCCCGACUUUGAUCUAGCAAAUCUUGGCCAGCUAUCUCCGGAGCUGUUGGAGUCUCAGCCAAAUUGUUGUCUAAUGUGAAACAAGCAAAAUUUCAUUCUGGGUCACUCAUACCCCAUGUGUCGCUCCCCUCCUUUUAUCUCGCACUAUACCCUUUCUUAAGAUUUAAUAGAAAUAAAUUAGUUUCACUUGAAAUUCUUUGUCAGAUUUUGCCCUCCAUUUUCUAAUGGAAUCUUAUUAGAUGCUACAUGCUCCAUUUCUGAGAGCUUGUGUAUGAUCUGAGCGUGUGAAUAAGUUCAUUCUGCAAGUUCUUCGUUUCUUCCUUGAAAAA